GUGAAGAGAUCAGCUUUCUCUGCUAGUUCCCACCCUCGGACUUCUUAGCCCCUGGAAUGCGAGAGAGGCUCAGGGAGUUCCCGGAGUGGGGCGUAGAGGGAGCCACUGGUGGCGACCUUCCUAGGGUCCCUUUCCCUUCGUGGGGUGCUAUGGAGUUCCCAGAACACAGCCAGCAGCUGCUGCAGAGCCUCCGAGAGCAGCGGUCCCAGGGUUUCCUUUGUGACUGCACGGUGAUGGUGGGUAGCACCCAGUUCUUGGCCCAUCGGGCUGUGCUGGCCUCCUGCAGCCCGUUUUUCCAGCUUUUCUACAAAGAGCGGGAACUGGACAAGAGGGAUCUGGUGUGUAUCCACAACGAGAUUGUCACAGCUCCAGCCUUUGGGCUGCUUCUGGACUUUAUGUAUGCCGGCCAGCUGGUCCUGAGGGGGGAUACCCCUGUGGAGGAUGUGCUGGCAGCUGCCAGCUACUUGCACAUGAAUGAUAUUGUCAAGGUGUGUAAGCGGCGGCUGCAAGCCCGGGCCCUGGCAGAGGCGGAUAGUACCAAGAAGGAGGAAGAAACCAACUCACAGCACCCUAAUUUGGAGUUUUUGUCCAGCACUUCCCGUGGCCCCCAACCUUCGUUGGCAUCUGCAGAGACAUCAGGCCACUGGGGCAAAGGGGAAUGGAAAGGCUCAGCAGCUCCCUCACCUACUGUCUGUCCUCCAGAUGAGCCACCGAUGCCGGCUGGGGCUGAUACUACACAGCCUGGCGUGGAGGUUGACUCACCGCAUCUGCGGGCACCUCCUCCACCAGUGGCUGAUGUCUCUCUUGCCAGCCCCAGUAGCUCCACAGAAACCAACCCUGCAAACUACUUCUCUUCGGGCCUCCCAACGGUUUCAGUGGAGCCACUGGCUCCCCUUGAUGUGGUUUCUGAGAAUCUGAGGGUGGUGGAACCAAGGGGAACUGGAGGCCCGCUGCAAGGCUUCUAUCCCCCAGCUUCGGCUGCAGUCCCAGUCCCAGCCCCAGUUCCAUCCCAGGCUCCAGCCCCAGCAGAAGCGGAGCUGGUCCAGGUGAAAGUAGAAGCUAUCGUGAUUUCCGAUGAGGAGCCCGAUGCCUCGGAGGAACAGCCUCGGGGUCCUGAGGGACUGUUCCCACCCGGAGGAGCAGUGUAUGGUGAACAGCCCCCCCAGCCAGAGGCCUUUGAAGAGCCAAGGGCAGCAGGACUGGAGGAGGUGGGGGCCAGUGACCACUUCCUGCCGCCAGAUCCUCACCUACCCUACCAUUUGCUGCCAGGUCCAGGGCAGUAUCAUCGAGGACUGGUGACCUCACCCCUGCCUGCUCCGCCCACCCUGCACGAGCCACUCUACCUGCCUUCCGAGUAUGAAGCAGCCCCGGGAAGCUUUGGGGUUUUUACGGAGGAUGUUCCCACUUGCAAGACAUGCGGGAAGACCUUCUCAUGUUCUUACACACUACGGCGCCAUGCCACAGUGCACACGCGUGAGCGACCCUACGAGUGCCGCUACUGCCUGCGCAGUUACACGCAGUCAGGGGACCUGUACCGCCACAUCCGCAAGGCUCACAAUGAGGACCUGGCCAAACGCAGCAAACCGGAUCCAGAGGCUGGCCCCCUCCUGGGAGUGCAGCCCAUCCCCGGCUCCCCGACAGCAGACAGACAGAACAGCAGUGCUGGAGGGCCAGCCAAAGAUUUUGUACUUGGCCCCAAAAACUAACACGCCCUGAUGCCAGGCCGGCUCUUGCCCCCGUUAGGGGGCAGCACGGAAGGUGGGAAGCAUCUCAUUUCCCCUGCUGGGGACAGAAUGAAGAUUCUGCCCAGGCUGUAGGUUCCUACCCUUUUCUUUUCCCAGCCAGAUAGCAGGACUUUAUGGGGCAUCGCAUCUCAGUCAACUCCUCACCAAGGGCACUGGGAAUUUUCCUGAGGUGUAAUUGCUUCUCACUCUGCGUUUGGACCCAUAAAGCUAGCAGUGAAAAGUAUCUCUCUGAACUGGACUUGCCUGGUUUCUUCCACAAAACUGCACACCUGCUGAUUCUUUCACAGCUCUCCUCCAGACCUAGGAAUCUGAUACCUGUACUUGGGGUAGGGGUGGGGGUCAGGUUGUUUAUGAGGAAAAAAGUGGGAGAGGCAGAGGGCAGUGUAGACUUUACUUAGGAAAAGUGUACAAAUUAGGGAAUUUCACACAAUUAUGGUUUAUUGUUGUAGUUGAGCUCUUCCUGUGUCCCGGACUGUACUGGGGACUUCACAUAAAUACUCAUUUAAUCCUCAACAAGUUUAUGAGGUAUUAUCCCUCUCCCCGCUUUUUUCCCCACAGACAAGGAAACUUGAGACUGAACAAUCAACGUUAACUUGUUCUGGGUCACAGAGCUAGUUAAGGGGCAAGCCAGAAUUUGAACGCUGGCUUAUGACUUCAGA